GGGCAGUGCCGGCUGGGUGGCGGUGGGGCAGGAAUUCAUCCCCGGCGCUGGGGCUUGGAUUGGCUAGGGCGAGGGUGUGGCUUCCAGCGAUUGCACAAGCCCUGCUUGUUUCUACCAUUCAUUCGCGCUCGGGAGUUGCAUACAAAUCUCGCAGAAAAGCCCAGGGCUUGAUCGCUUGUGGCCGGCUCCGCGUGCAGACACCCGGCUCACCGCUGCCGCCGAAGCUACGAGCGAGGCAACGUCCGGCGUACACGGAGACCACACGAGCAGGGAGCCAUGCUUCAAUUGGGAGUGGUGAGCGGCGGCCUGCGUGGCCAGUGCCUGCGGAGGCUCACAGCAUGCCGGGUGCCGGGCCAGACGCGGCAGUACAGCAGCGAGCCGCUCGACAGCGUCCACAAGCCCAUCAAGAAAGUGCUCGUCGCCAACCGAGGGGAGAUCGCGACGCGAGUGUUCCGCGCGUGCACGGAGCUCGGCAUCCGCACGGUGGCGGUGUACUCGGAGCAGGACAACGGGCAGGUCCACCGGCAGAAAGCGGACGAGGCCUACCUCAUCGGCAAGGGCCUGGCGCCCGUCGCCGCCUACCUGCACAUCCCCGACAUCAUCCGCGUGGCGCAGGAAAACGCCGUGGACGCGAUCCACCCCGGCUAUGGGUUCCUGUCGGAGCGAUCCGACUUCGCGCAAGCUUGCCUCGACGCCGACAUCCGCUUCAUUGGGCCCAGCCCCGAGGUGGUGCGGCAGAUGGGCGACAAGGUGGAGGCCCGCGCCAUCGCCAUCAGCGCAGGCGUGCCCGUGGUGCCGGGAACGGAGGAGCCCGUCGUCUCGUUGGUGGAGGCGCGCCACUUCUGCGAGACCUACGGCUUCCCCAUCAUCUUCAAGGCGGCGUUCGGGGGCGGCGGACGUGGCAUGCGCGUCGUCCGCAGCUACGAGGAGUUAGAGGAGUCGUUCCAGAGGGCGUAUUCGGAGGCGCUGGCUGCGUUUGGCAAUGGCUCGCUGUUCAUUGAGAAGUACAUCGAGAAGCCACGGCACAUCGAGGUGCAGAUCCUGGGCGACAAGUACGGCAACGUGGUGCAUCUGUACGAGCGCGACUGCUCCAUCCAGCGUCGCCACCAGAAGGUGGUGGAGAUCGCGCCGGGCGCCAACCUCGACCCGUCCAUGCGCGAGCAUCUCACCAACGACGCCGUCAAGCUGGCUAAGCAGGUCGGCUACGAGAACGCGGGCACCGUGGAGUUCCUGCUGGACAAGAGCGGCCGCCACUAUUUCAUCGAGGUGAACUCUCGGCUGCAAGUGGAGCACACGGUGACGGAGCAGAUCACCGGCGUGGACCUGGUGCACUCGCAGAUCCACAUCGCGGAGGGGCGCAGCCUUCCCAGCCUAGGCCUGCACCAGGACACUAUCCGCAUCAACGGCUGCGCCAUCCAGUGCCGCGUCACCACCGAGGACCCGGCGCGCGGGUUCCAGCCGGACACCGGCCGCAUCGAGGUGUUCCGCAGCGGCGAGGGCAUGGGGAUCCGGCUGGACAGCGCGUCGGCGUUCCAGGGCGCCGUCAUCUCGCCGCACUACGACUCGCUGCUGGUGAAGGUGAUCGCGCAGGGCAAGGACCAGCCGUCCGCCGCCAAGAAGAUGAGCCGCGCUCUGGCCGAAUUCCGCAUCCGCGGGGUCAAGACCAACAUCCCGUUCCUGCAGAAUGUCCUCAACAACUCCCAGUUCGUGUACGGCACCGUGGACACGCAGUUCAUCGACGAGAACCCGGAGCUCUUCAACCUCAAGCCCGGCCAGAACCGUGCCCAGAAGCUGCUCUACUACCUGGGUCACGUGAUGGUGAAUGGAGCCAUGACCCCGCUUCCAGUCAAGGCCAAGGUCACCGACGUCGAUCCCGUGGUGCCGGACGUCCCUCUUGGCGGGCCCCCGUCGGGAUUCCGGGACGUGCUGGUGACACAGGGCCCCGAGGCCUUUGCCAAGGCAGUGCGCAAGCACCGCGGCCUGCUGCUCAUGGACACCACGUUCCGCGACGCGCACCAGUCGCUGUUGGCGACGCGCGUGCGCACGCACGACCUCAAGGCCAUCUCUCCGUUCGUCGCUCACUCCUUCAGCAACCUGUACAGCAUCGAGAACUGGGGAGGGGCGACGUUCGACGUGGCGAUGCGCUUCCUGUACGAGUGCCCUUGGAAGCGCCUGCAGAAGAUGCGCAAGCUCAUUCCCAACGUGCCCUUCCAGAUGCUGCUGCGUGGCGCCAACGCGGUGGGCUACACCAACUACCCCGACAACUCCGUCUUCAAGUUCUGCGAGGUGGCCAAAGAGAACGGCAUGGAUAUCUUCCGCGUGUUCGACUCGCUCAACUACCUGCCCAACAUGAUACUGGGCAUGGAGGCGGCGGGCAACGCAGGCGGCGUGGUUGAGGCCUCCAUCUCCUACACGGGCGACGUUUCGGACCCCACCAAGACCAAGUACAACCUCGAGUACUACCUGAAGCUGGCCGACGACCUGGUCCGUGCCGGCACCCAUGUCCUGGGCAUAAAGGACAUGGCAGGGCUACUGAAGCCGAAGGCGGCGCGCAUGCUGGUGGGCGCGCUGCGCGAGCGCUACCCGGACAUGCCGAUCCACGUGCACACUCACGACACGGCGGGCGCCGGCGUCGCGUCUAUGCUGGCGGCGGCCGAGGCCGGCGCGGACGUGGUGGACGUGGCGGUGGACUCCAUGUCCGGCAUGACCUCGCAGCCCAGCAUGGGCGCCCUGGUGGCCUCGCUGCAGGGCACGGAGCUCGACACGGGCAUCGACCUGCAGAAGGUGUUCGACUACAGCGAGUACUGGGAGGUGGCUCGCCAGCUGUACGCGCCCUUUGACUGCACUGCCACCAUGAAGUCGGGCAACUCGGACGUGUACGAGAACGAGAUCCCCGGCGGCCAGUACACCAACUUGCACUUCCAGGCGCACAGCAUGGGGCUUGGACACAAGUUCAAGGAGGUGAAGAAGGCCUACGCCGAGGCUAACAAGCUGCUCGGGGAUCUCAUCAAGGUGACGCCGUCAUCCAAGAUCGUGGGCGACCUCGCGCAGUUCAUGGUGCAGAACAGACUGACCCGCCAGGAGGUGGAGGAGCGAGCCGAAGAGCUGUCGCUGCCCAAGUCCGUCGUGGAGUUCAUGCAGGGCGCCAUCGGGGUGCCCCCCGGGGGCUACCCAGAGCCACUGCGCAGCAAGAUUCUGAAGGACAUGGAGCGGACCGAGGGCCGCCCCGGGGCGUCGCUGCCUCCCCUGGACUUCGUGCAGCUGGAGAAGGAUCUGAAGGGUCGGCACGGGAGGGAUAUCACCCCGGAGGACGUCGUGUCGGCCUCCAUGUACCCACAGGUGUUCGACGAGUACAAGGAGUUCACGGCGCAGUUCGGGCCGGUCGAGUGCCUCAACACUCGCCUCUUCCUGGAGGGGCCCCAAAUUGCCGAGGAAUUCCAGGUUGAGCUGGAGAGGGGGAAGACGCUGAUCAUUAAGGCGCUGGCUCUGGGAGACCUCAACAAGGGCCACCGGGAGGUGUUCUUUGAGCUCAACGGGCAGCUCCGAUCGGUGCUCGUCAAGGACACCAAGGCCAUGAAGAACAUGCACGUGCACCCCAAGGCGCUGAAGAGCGUGAAGGGGCAGGUGGGGGCCCCCAUGCCGGGCAGCGUGAUCGAAAUCAAGGUGAAGGAAGGGCAGCAGGUGGAGAAGGGGCAGCCCCUGUGCGUGCUGAGCGCCAUGAAGAUGGAGACGGUGGUGAACGCGCCCAUGACGGGAAAGAUCAUCAAGCUGCACGUGCAGCCCAGCAUGCACUUGGAGGGCGACGACCUCAUCCUGGAGAUCGAGUGACGGGCGUCACGCCGCGCCGGCCCCUCGUCGCGUUCCGUUUCUUCGGGCCUCACCUCUUCAGUCCAACCCCUCGCCCCUUCCUAACCCCCCCCCAUCUCUCCCUCCCUCGCGCUGUGUGCGUGCGUGAAAUCCGCACCUGCACGGGACGCAGCGCUUGUCCCCUCGCCCGUGCGAUAGUUUCACGGUUCUGACUCCUGCGUCGAAUGAAACGCGUUUGGACGCGCCUGCGGGAAAAAGCCUGCGCUAGCGUCCGCUGCACGAUUCGUCCGGGAGCAAGGCGUGUGCCCGUUCGUGGGUAUCGCCGCGGAAUUCGAGCAUUGCAGCAAUUGACACUGAAAUGAUUACCUCCGCCCUCUGCUUUCCGGGGCUCGCGAGUGAACAGGGCAGACAGCGGCACGCGCGCGCUCUCGCGUUUGUCUCGGGAUGUCGCCCGCAGACGUCCCGGGGUCCUGUCCACGCCAGGCUUGGGGUUGACCAAGUGCAAUUAAAGUAUUUUUUUCACACUGAUCGCAAUUAGGAUUGCUAAAUGAAACUUGACAGUGCCUCGCCGCCGCCGCCGUCGCCGUCAACGCGGUCCGUGCGUCUCGGCAGAGUUCGUGAAGAUAAACCGCGAGUUCGUCACCAGGCGGCUGCACACAUUGCGCGUCGACCACCACGCCUAGAAUCCGCCGGUAAUCGUGGGCGUUUGGCACUGUUAUUUCAUUGGAGAUGUUUUGUUUGUUGGGUAACGGCCUUAGCAAACCGAUACUAGCGCGAUGGGAUUACAUACCCCCAAAUCCCUCCCCCCCCACCCCCCAAGCACUUUCCUGCGCCUGAUCCACUUGCAUCGCAGCUCACGCCUCUUGUGAACCGCACCUUCUUGUGUCCGUGCGAAGCUAACAAGUUUCUGGAUGUGAAACCGGAGGCCACUUUGAAGGGCCAGCGUUCGAUUGUUUAACCUUGAAACGUGUUUGGCCUUGUUGUCUAGGUCAGGGUACACGUCGCCGUCGAAGGUGAAACACGUUAGCCAGCCAUGGCAAUGUCGAGGUUGGCGUCACGGUUAAUGUUGGGUUGAAAAGGUCGGUCGUCAGGAUUCUGCAGCGGGUAGCUUUAUUGACAAGCGGCUGUUGCACCGAUGAGUAAGUAAAGCAUUGUCGGCGCCAUGUUUUCUGGUUCCAAAAUAUAAUUCCACGAGGUCACAUGGCACAUUUGGACCAAUCGAACGGCAGUUUAACCCAUAGCAUUGACGAAUAGUGGACAAGUGGCGACGGAAGCAUUGGAGAGUUUACCUGAAGCGCUGAACCGACCUCCUGUAAGACUUGUCGAGCGCAUGCUGUCUCCAAAAUUAAAUGAGGAUUGCUCGGCGUUCCCGCAGAAAGCACAGAUUCUGUCCACCACGACAGCUUGUCACGCCAGAGCCACGGGUAAAUAUGUGCUAAAUUUGGAAUUAGGAUUAAAAGUUUAUAAUUACAUUUCAAAUCCAAAAUUUUAACCAGAAUAUGUAUUAGUCCCAUAAUCUGUUGUGAGAGGGGAUGAAGGCGGUGUGAGCUAUUUCUCAACCCUUUGCUCGCAAGAAAACGGAAGUGAAAAGAACAAAGUGUGAAAUAAGAUAAUACCGUGCUAGAUUUUCAGCAGUGAGAAUACUAAAGUAAGAAUUCCUGGCCACUCACUAUCUUAGAAAUUAACGCGCAAUUUUCGAACCAAAUUUUUUUUUUAUCAACCUAUGGGUGCUCUUUUUUGUUAUUUGACCCUUCUUCGUGCGCGUGUCUCUCGGGUAUCAACACGGCCCACGCCGUGCCAGAGGGGAUGGCUGCUCGCUGCAGAGGGAAUUUUGCACAACGACGCAGCCAACGCGGAUGGGGGGUAUCUGUGCUGGGUGCGUGGAGAGUCGGGGGGGGGGGGGAGGAAAAAUGCAUUUUGUUCGACCGUCGAUCAUUAGGAAUUCUGCCGUGGUCUUUGGCUCGUGGCUGAUGAGGAGCUCUGUGAUGAGGUUUUUUGGAACACGGCGCAUGUAGCGGCAAGAUUCUGGAAUGAUAAGCGGGCUGCAAACUAAAAUUAGGCCAUAAUUACAGCAAUUGUGUACAUAGCAUUAAUCUGCGGGGGCACUAAUAAGUAGGAACGUGACAGAUGGGUAUUUCAAAUGUCUUUACGAGCAUAACCAUAAAUUGGAAUAUUAUUUCUUUAUGAAUUAUAAACACCACUCAUUAAUCCGAAAACUUGCUGAUCGAUAAAUGCUUAUGAGGGCGAUCGAACUUGUAAUUUCAGAAAUUGCAACCACAACGUAAUAAUCAGGGGCGCGUUGAUCCGUUACGAAAAUUGGUUACAGCCGAAACGGGCAAUGUGGCACCCGUUGUCACGUGUCGUCAUCUCUCGACGGUCUCGCGAUGACGACACGUGACAACGGGCGUCUUGUGUCAGCUCUCGACGGUCUCGCGAUGAUGACACGUGACGACGGGCGCCACGUGUCAUCAUCGCUCGACGGUCUCGCGAUGAUAACACGUGACGACGGGCGUCACGUGUCGUCAUCGCUCGACGGUCUCGCGAUGAUAGCACGUGACGACGGGCUUCACGUGUCGUCAUCUCUCUACGCUCGGCUGAAGCCAGCCGCUGGUGCCGUUGCGAGGGUUUGCUGCUCGUGCUGGAGACGAUUUUCACAGCUCACCGUGUGGCUCGCUUCGGAGGCUGCCGGGGGGGGGGGGGGGGGGGGGGUGUCACGAUACAGCGGUCUCUGUUCCCCCGAUCGGGAUCGCAGGCCACGUCGAUGAUGACCAAUUGUGACGCAAUAAUUGCACGACGGGCGCAGGUGAAGCUUUAUUUUUUUUAACGAAUCAUUCGCGCGUGUAGAAUUACGUCAGGCCUAGUCAAUCAUGUUUACUUUUGAGUUUACAAAAAUGCUUUUUCGUAAUUGCGUAACUAUCGAAUGAUUGAAAUGAUUUACGCCGCUCGCAGCACAAGUGGACCCCUCACGUGCAUAAUCGUCAAUCGUGGAGCAAUAAUAAUAAUAGAGCGUGGGAAUCGUGAAGGGGGUUAUUUAAACGUGUUCGUAAGUCCGACACUAACACAUGCUAUGAUUACUUGAACGAAGACGAACGCCUUGUAAAUGUCACGCUGUGCGUGUGUGCGGGUCGACAUGUUCACCGUGAUUUUGCUGUGCCGAAUGUCGCCCUCCCCCCCACCCCCUUGUGGCCUCCCGUGCCCAACGUGAUGGGAGCGCAAGGCGCCUAGGUGUGUCUCAUUCCACAGGCGAACCCGGCAACGCCUUGCUUGUGAAAUGAUCCUGCAGGAAUGUUGUAUCCCACGAAUACAACACGCGUUGAGCGUCUAUCUCCCCCCCCCCGAAACCCCCUCUGUUGUGUUCAGACGGAGAACAAAUAAUUACUUAGAAAAUAUAUUUGAAUGAUUGUUUAAAUAAAUGAUACGUGUACUGUCGUGAUGGAUGAUAUAAUACGAAUAAAUACAAGACUUGUUAUGUAUCA